AUGCAUAUCGCUUCCUACGUCUCCGUCGCAUUCACAGUGCUUGGCCUCGCGGCUGCGUCGCCUAAGGGAUGCACUACCAAACGAUCCCCUGAGCCAGAGUUGGAGAACGGUCAUUACAUCGUCGACCGCGCGACAAAGUUCGCCAACAAGAAGGUUUGGACCUUCAAUGGAAAGAGUCUUCCUGAGGGCCUUUACUCGAGCGAUUAUCAAGUGGGAAAUACCCAUGUUUUCACACCAUCUGGAGUCAAAGUCCGCAAUGGGUACCUUGAGUUGACGGUCCCUGGCGGCCAGAAGUCCAAGCCCUACAAGGCUGCUGAGGUUGCGACUGAGAUUGAGAACAUCAAGUACGCUUCUGUCCGCACGACAGCUAUUCUUAGCGAACCUGCAGGUGUUUGCAACGGAAUGUUCUUCUACCAAUCCGACAGCCAAGAGACUGACAUCGAGUGGCUCUCCGACCCCAAGUCCGAGUCCAACUACGACGGUAUUCGUCGACUAUGGUUCACCAACCAGGACAACAACGGCGACGGCGAGCCAACUCACAAGGAUGUGCUUCCUCCUGCAAACCCUACCACCACUGAGCACGAGUACAGAAUUGACUGGACCAAGGGUCUUGUUCAGUUUUAUGUUGAUGGUGUGAAGCAGUGGUCUACCAAGAAGGAUGUUCCCAACGUGCCUGGACCUUGGAUCUGGAAUAACUGGUCCAAUGGUGAUAAGGGCUGGAGUGCUGGACCUCCUAAGCAGAAUGCUGUGUUCAAGAUUAAGAAGAUUGAGAUGUACUACAACACUGCUUAG